GCGAGUGUGUGCGCGCGCGCGUGUGUGAGUGUGUGAACUGCCGGCGAGCUUAAAAAUAUUAUCGAGUGGCGGGAAUGUCUGGCAGGUCAGUGCGCGCGGAGACCCGGAGCAGAGCCAAAGAUGACAUCAAACGCGUUAUGGCCGCUAUUGAUAAAGUGCGAAAAUGGGAGAAAAAAUGGGUGACGGUUGGAGACACUUCCCUGCGCAUCUUCAAAUGGGUUCCAGUGACUGAACCGAAGUCAGACGAUAAGAACAAAAAGAAGAAGGGCAGAGAGGAGAAAUAUGGAUCGGAGUUGACGACUCCAGAGAACAGUUCCUCUCCGGGAAUGAUGGACAUGCACGAUGAGAACAGUAAUCAGAGCUCGAUAGCCGAUUCCUCUCCGGUGAAGAUGGAGAACAGCUGUAGCACGAGCCCGACACCAGAGGCCACUGCUGCUCACGCUGAUGGAAACAAGUGCAAGGCAGAACAUAUGCCAUCCCCUGACAAAGGGAAUUGUAACUCCACCCCUUCAGAGACCUCAGCAAGCAAAAAAGAUACUCAGUUAAUACAGGAGAAGGAGUCCCCAUCAGACACCUCGACAAACACUCAGGAAAGUGAAGAUGGUUCUCCACCCACAAAGAAAAGCAAAGUAGAAUCAUCUUCUCAGGACUUGGAUGACUAAAGCUGACUAGUUUGCUCCCACAUAUUUUAAACACGUCACUGUCACAAACCAAUGUGGAAAAGCGUCCCACUCAACAAACCAUUCCUAAUCUUCAAGUAGAGCCUCACCCUGUUCUUCAUCAUCUCACCUGGAGUGGGAGUUUGCAGACGUCACUGUGCCGGUGAACUGAGGCCGAAAGACUGACCUGAUCCUGUGAGACACCUGCAGCCUCGCUCCAUCAAACUCAUGCACGACACACAGCGUUAGUUUAACAGUAACAAGAGUCAAUGCACUGCAUAGAUUUGUCAAGAUGAAAGGUGGAUUUGCUGCUGUGAUCAUCUUCGUUUUAAGUCUUUUAUUAUUUAAUUCAAUGAGUCUACUAGUUUUUCUAACUACUCCGCAAAGGUUGUUGUAUGGUUAUAGUGCAGGUGCUUGGUUUGUCCAUAGAUUCUCUACUGGUUUGUGUGCCUUCUGGCUUCAUGAUGUGUGCAUUUUUACUUCUUUUUAUUUGUGGCUGGUUUUAUUUCGUUUUUUUAAAGGAAGAAUAUUUUGUUACAUGUCAAAACGACUCAAUAUACCUCAUUUCCAAACCAGCUGAGCUGGAACUUUAAUCUUGAUCGAUGGACGAUAAAUCCACUUCACCGAACAGUGAACACAAUCUGGCAGUUUUUAAAUGGUCAUUUUCAACAAUGAAUCGACUCUAACUUUAAUCUGAUUUAACGUAAAAGGAACUCAUGAUGAUGAAAUACUCAAGGUACAUUUGGGACCAUGAUUUCUUGAAAUUAUUGUACAGGUGAUUAAUUUUGCUUUUAUUUAUUCCAUCAUUAGUGCUUGUUUUUAGCAUUUUAAAU